CAACUUCCUCUCAAGCCUGAUGAUGGAAGCACACUAUCAAUGAGACACAAGACCACGGUGUCUAGCAGGUGCCGAAGAUGCCGCCUCCUCCUCCGUCCCAGCUGAUCCCCAAGGAUCGCUUUGGCUACUUGUUUGGUAGACUGAGAACACAGAGCUAUACCGAUCCCAAUGCGCGUGGACCUGGCUCGCACAGUAUUCGCACUCUGGCAUGGAAUCCUACCGGCCUUCUCAUCGCGACAGGUUCUGCCGACCGAACACUACGAAUUUGGAACCCAGAGCGCCCCGAUGUGAGAUAUUCGACUGAGCUACGCGGGCAUACCUCUGGCAUUGAGCAGGUUGCUUUUAACCCCGUCAAGGAAUCCGAGCUAGCGAGCUGCUCAACCGAUGGAACCGUCCGUUUCUGGGACGUGCGAUCCAAGAACUGCGUGAACCGCAUCGAUGUUGGCGGAGAAGCAUUCACUCUCUCCUGGUCCGCUGAUGGCAGCGUGCUCCUCGCAGGAAGAAUGGACGACACUCUCGUACCCAUCUCUGUCGACUCUUCCUCCACACCUACAAACACCACUGAACCCUCCAAAUCGGGUACAACAGCGGCUCCCUACAAAUCCCUUUCGCCUCACAAACAACCCGUCCGGACCAACGGCACCGCAUUCUCCUACUCACCCUCGAACCCGGACCUCUUCCUCACCACCGGCGACGGCACCGUUCAAAUCGUAUCCUACCCCUCCUUCCACACACUUCACACCCUCAACGCCCACACCGCCUCCUGCCACUGCGUCUCCCUCUCCCCAACAGCCCGCUACCUCGCAAUUGGCGGUGGAGACUCCCUAAUCUCCCUCUGGGACACCACUGACUGGAUCUGCAAGCGCACCGUGACGAGUUCCGGCGGAGGCGGAGUGCGCGGCGUAAGCUGGAGCUGGGACGGGCGAUUCAUUGUAGGCGCGUGCGAUGAGCCGGAUUGCGGCGGUGUUGGGUUAGAGAUUUUCCAUGCGGAGACCGGGGAGAGUGUGUUUACGAUUCCGGUUGAUGGGUCGCAUGUUGUUCCCGCUGUGGCGUGGCAUCCGUCGAGGUAUUGGUUGGCGUAUUCUAUUUAUGCAGAUGCGAUGGGCCCGAGUAGUAACGGGUUGAGAAUUGUAGGUGCUGGUGGUGGUGGAUUGUGAUUUGAGAUGUCAAGCUGGGCAGUAUCAUACCUUCGUUGAAUAUUCCUUGUUUGCACUGGUUUCCUACGUGAUGGCUAACGAUAUUAUGGAGCUUAUCGGAUCGGGAUAUGAACGAUUCGAUAAUUGAGAUUCGCAAAUGAGGACUCUAAUGUAUAAGUAUGGGUAUACAGUGUACCUAUCCAGUUGCCAAAAGCAAAACGCCGGGUCGAUCUGGUAAGGGGAGAAGUAGAAAAUAACCACGUAAUGCAACACCUUUUAUCUCGUUCCAAGCAGACCAUUUGUGUGUCUAUAGCCAGCUAUUAUUCGGCGGCUCCUUAUAACAAAAGGGAGGGUACCGAUUCUGCGCGGCAAAUAGAAAGGUUCAAGAAUUAUAUACCCGUCAUCAAACACCUGUUAACCGACCAAUAAUCAGUGACUUUGCCAAUUAUUCCAGUCCAACACGCCUCCAGUUCCAUCUUGCAUCCAAGUGAGAUCGUCAAGUGACAUAAGUUCAAUGGCGCCACUCGUCACUGUUGUAGCAUUUACGUUAGAAGGAAGUGAGCCUUCUCCUUGAGUGGAUUGAGACUGGGCCUGGGAUUGACUUUGGAUUGUAGAUUUUUCUUGACUGUAACUCCAUGAUGCAGGGAAUGAGAACGGGGUGUUGGAGGUAGAGUCUGAGAAAGAAGAAACGCGGCUGGGAACGCUUGCGUCUAAGUUUGUAAGGUUUGGUGAAGGUGUGGAAAGGUACGCGCGAGAUUGAGAUGAUUGGUGCAGGUGUUUAGGAGGUGAAGGGUGAUCGAGGUUGUGAGGUGACAAGGAACUAUUCGACAUCUGAUGGGUGUUGGGGGUUGAAUGGUCAGAUGUAGAUGGUUGACGGUCGCUCGUCGUACUCAUGUCUGUGGGAAUAUCCAUUUCCAUAACGAAUGCUCGCAAUUGUUCAUCGGUUAAAAUAGGAAAGGGAGAGUUGCCAGAGGGUUGAGUGUCGUUUGACGGGUAAUACGGGGCUGAAUGUGAUGGUUGCUGUUGAGCCUGUUGCUGGGUGGUAGGCUUCCGGCGAGAAGGUAGAGAGGCGUCAGGUGGAAAUCCAGACCGAG